GGAGGAGCUUGGAUUUGUUUGGCAAGCCUAUGGGGGACCCCACACAUGGGCUGUGAAGCUAGCUCCCUCAUGACACCAGGACGGGAGAAUCUUAACUCUCAAUCUCCUUCCUCCUCCCCUGCCUCACCAGAUGUACAUAUACAUCCAUGACGACCGGCUUGCCUCCCAGCAGAAACCAAAGAAAGCUUCUUGGGUUUCUCUGCUUGCUGGUGAGCUGCAGAUCAUAGAGGAAGAGGAGAUCGCCCUUGUUGACCGGCAGGGAGUUCUGUAGAUUCUGAACAGAGACUAGAGACAGACUCAGAAUUAAGCAAAAGGGAUCAGCAUGAACCUUCACGAAGACAUGGAGAGGGAGCAGAUGAAGAUGGCCAUCCUGAAGCAAGAGCAAAUCUUCAGACAACAGGUUCAUGACUUGCACCGGCUGUACCACGUUCAGAAGCAGCUGAUGCAGCAGAUGCCAGCAUCUACCGUAUCGUCGAGUCGUGCUCCGGCGAUCGCCGACGUCAAGCCGAAACCGCAGCUGGACAUCUGGAACGGCGAGAAGGCCACAAAUCCUCAGCAGUUCAUCAGCUUCUCGAGCUACAAGGCCCCUGCCCCUUCAGAGGAAUGCAACCUCGAGCUGACUCUAGCGACCGGGCCAAGCACCAGCAGCAGCUGCAACGCCGAGAGGCCGCAGGGGAAGCGGCUCAAGUCGUCGUCCAACUCAGACUCCGGGACCACGGCGGUGUCGUCGACGUCGACGGACUCGGAGCUGGCGCAGUUCAGGGAGGUCGACGUGACGGCGCCGGCGGCGAGGUUUCCCGGCGAGAGUAGGAGGAUGGAUCAGAUGGGGCAAGGCCCGUGGAUGUACCAGUGCCUGACCCUGAAGACGGCAUGAUGGUGUGUAGUAGGACUUGGGCUGUAGGUUUCAGAGAAUCAGAGCACAUGUUUGAUACAUGCGCAAUUGUACAUCACAGAGGUGAUUGAAGAAAAAAACAAGGUGAUUUGUUGCAGCAA